AUGGCACAAUCGGCCACGGCUACUCCUCCUUCUGCUUCUGUUGAUAUGGCUGCUGAUGCUGGUGCUGAUGCUGGUGGUCCUGGCGGUUUUGGCGGUGCUGGCGGUGGUCCUAGCGCUUCUGGUCCAAUCGGUGGUACUGGCUAUGGUCAGGGUGAUGAGGACGAAUACGGCGAUGAGGACGAAUACGGCGAAGAGGGCGAAUACGGCGAAGAGGAAGAGUACGGCGAAGACGAAGAAUACGGCGGUGAAAGUGGCUACGGCGGUACAGGUGGCUACGGCGGCUACGGUGGUGAAGGUAGUGAAGGUGGCUACGGCGAAGAGGACGAAUACGGCGCUCAGGGCAGUGGUGGCACUCAGGGUGACUACGGCGCUCAGGGCGGCUACGGCGCUCAGGGUAGUGGUGGCCCUCAGGGCAGUGGUGGCACUCAGGCCGGUGGUGGCACUCAGGGUGGCUACGGCGCUCAGGGCAGCGGUGGGACUCAGGGCGGUGGUCACGCCCCUAUUGAUUCGCAUUACUAUGAGGUGCACGGCCCGGCAUCAGCAUUUGCUGCUGAAUUCGAUCCUCACAUUUGUUCUUAUGAGGAUCUGUGGCAUACAUUCGAGCCGACCAUGGUGCAGGCCAACGCUCAACAUGGGGGGGAGAAAUAUGUGCCCUUGAUUGACCAGGCAAUUCAGCAGGUCAGCCAAAAGACCGGCGUCCAGUCAUAUCUCCUGUUAUGUGUCAUCAUGCAAGAAAGUACAGGGAAUUUACCACGAGCCGACGGGAGGACUUAUGCAAACUUCAGGUUGCCAGGGUUUGGCUGCAUCGCACCCACGUUAGAGGAUGUCGUCGGCAUGCUCGAAAUGGGCGCCACCCACCUGCAGGGGUCCCUGACGCAGCAGCACGGCAACAUCUAUGAGGGCCUACGGGUAUACAACUCGGGGAGCAUCGCUGCUAGCGGCGAUCUGGGCGAUCCUGCAAGUGUUGGCACGCCGGAUUAUGUCUGCGACGUGGCAAACCGUACACAUGGCUGGGUCAGUGGCGGCAAAUCCACGUAG